UUAAUAUUUAGUCAUAGAAAAUGAUACAUUCAUAAUUAAUAAUAUAAAUAUAAAGCACCCCAAAAUUGUAAGAAGUGUACAAAAUAUGUUACUGAUAACAAUGUUGGUACAAGCAGGAUCGCAGGAUGCACGGAACGCUUUUAAUUAAAAUCUUACUGUAUUAAUAUUAGUCUAAUUUCUAUUGAUUUAAAUUUAAUUUAUAAUAUAAUAGAAGUCUUAAUUUUGCCUAUAUUUAUUAUCAUUAAUUUCCCAACUGCUUUUCUCUUUUUAAUGUCAGAAAAAGAAACAAAGUGCCACAUCCCUUGGCAUUGCCAUUAUGUUUCAGAUAUAUGAUAUUUAUUUUAUUUUAGAAUCCAGUAGAAAGCUUAGAUUUAGAUAUUUUUUGUAAGAACUAUCAUUCCGAUUAUCAUGCCAAUUCCUUUUUUUUUUCUUUUUUUGGUACGAUUUAAAAAAAAAAAUACUUUAAAGUAGACCUAUAGUGAAGAGGCAAAUUAAGAAAGUUAUAGUGGUUUGAAAUUCCAAAUAAAAAUUUCAAUCUACUGAAUAUUUGGAAAUUCAAACUUUAUUUGCUUACAUUGUUAGUAUUUGUGAUCUAAAUAAUGAAUUAUGUAUUUAUUCUUGAAAGGAACUGCUUAAAUCAUAGAGUUAAAUAAAUAGAACAUUGUUAUUUUUAAGUGAAAGAGCAUUUUCAGAAAUACAAAAUUCUAUAAAAAAUUUCAAAAAUUCAUAUAAAAUCAAAAUCAAUAGCCUACCUACUAGAACUUUAAUUUCAAUGAUCAAACCUUGUAUUUAUAAUAUAAACAUAACACAAGAAAAAUUUCAAAGAAACAUUUUUAGUUUAUCCACACCAAACAUUAAUUUUCAAACGCGAAUAUCUCGGUUUGACCAAAAGGUCAUAUAGAACAUUGUUAUUCUAGCCAUUCUAGGGGAUGAAAUGAAGUCGUAUUUUAAAAAUUCAUAACUUUAAAACUACAACAGCUAAAAAUAUGAUUUUGGUGUUAUAAUUCUUUAAAAAAAUGAGCUCUAUUCAAAUCUGCUAUUAGUUUAUUUUUACAAAAAUUUUUAAUUUUUUAUUAAAGUACCUAGAUAUGAUUAUGAUGUUGUAAAUGUAGGAUCAUUAAGAAUAGCGGCUAUGCGUACCUGGGUCCCUUUAGACUAAAUGCUAUUGGGAGGUCAUUUGUUAGUUUGUUUUAGUUAAACUGAAGUAGUAAGUUUACAAACAUAUAGAUCAUUCAAUUAUCUUUAAUUUGAUACCAAAUUUUAUCUUACAAGUAACAAACCCUACAUUGCCUACAAUAAUAUUUUUAAUAUUUUUUAAUAAACCCAACCUCUCACUCUCAGUUUUUAUCAAAAUUAUUGUUUCUAUGGUCGAUUUGAAAAUAUAAUAUGAAAUGCCUAAAGUCAUAGCUUAAAGGCUGAUGUUGAUAUAUUAUCAUGUGGUAAUAAACACAGGCACAGGGUUUGAUCUUGUGAGAUGAUAUAAUAAGAACACAAUUUUGAAAACUUUGCUGGCAUCAAGUAGAUAUCAUUCAAUUUUUUUAAAAAUUAAUAAAUCAGAAUUGUCAUUUUUAAGGAUGAUUAAUAUUAUUUACAUGUUAAUAAUGUUAUUGUAAAAAAAAAUUUUUUUAACCAUGUCAGCAAUUAACUUUUAAUUCUGUAUCAAAUCAAAAACAGGCCACAAGAUUGCAAACUGACACAACUGGCAAGAAUGCUUUUAAAAGUUUACAAUUGAGAGAUGUUUAUAUUUCAUAUGAAUUUUUAAUCAAGAAUGUCAAGUACAGCAGAUAUUUCACAAAAUGAGUCACAGGUACAAAUAAUAGCACAUUUCCAAUACUUAACCCAUCAUUCAUGCGCCACUAAUGCUAAUGAUCUUACUUCAUUUGCAUUAUAUUUAUUACAUAAUUUUUUUUUAAAGGAAACCUUGGAAUAAUGAUGUCAUUUAAACCAUACGAAAAAAUUGUUUAAAGGAAUAUACAUUUUUAUUAUUAAACAUAAAAAAUGUGUAAUUUUUUGGUAAUUGUCAUAAAGUAUAAGCAGAAGACUGUACCCUACUUUAUUAUCUCGCAAACAAGCAUUGAUAACUAACCUUAUUUUCUUGAAAUUUUACAUUUAUGUUAUAAUCAAUAACAGCCUCUUGCGGGAGUCCCUCGAGAGCAAUUGGAGGCACCACCAGGGCCUGUUGGAGCUGUGACCAUAAAUGCUGUUCGCCAUUACCUCAACAGAACAGGCAUUGAAAGUCAAUUUCAAAAUCUGCUUCAUAAGUUACUGAGUCGAGAUGAACUUCCUUAUAAUCCUUACCCUGGCUUUGCUGUGCGUCUUAGACCAUUUAUGGAAAAGUUUGUAUUGAAUACACUUCUAAUUUUAGAUUCAUUAAAAAGUUGGGGGGAUUUUUUCCAAGUAAUUACUUUUCCAAAAAAAAAGCAAAAUACUAUUAUAAUAAUAAUUCUUAAAAUAAGAAGUUGUUUUUUUUAACUUGAAGCUGAGCUGCAAAAAAAAUUAAAAGCACAUAAAAUGUCUUCUUCAUGAACAUCAAUAAUCUUUAUUUCUAGACAUACUUUCCGUUUACCGGUACUUAAAAAAAUAAACAUAUUUCUAGCAGCUGGAUGUUAAAAAAUGAUGAUAUUAUUAUGUAUCAUAAGCUUUAAGAUUCCUUUUAUUAUAAAUAUUUAUUAUAAAGUGGGUCUAAUAUCCGUUUUCAGAUUUCACACAGACAAAGUGAAGGAUGAUAAAAUAGAAUACUCACUGAGUGAGUUGGACAUUGUUCAUCUCUUUUCUUUUUAAUUAGUUUUAAGUAUUUAUCAUCUACAUUUAUAGAUGAAAGAGGUAUUAACCAUUUAUUAAAUUUGUUUGUUGUGAUGAAAUGUUCCAGUAAUGACAUAAUAUUUUUAAAAAAAUACAUUCAAGUUUUUUUAUGUUAAAUAUAUCUUAUUAGGAAUAUUUUUAAUAUUUCAAGUUAUUAUCUUUUGGUACUUAAUUAUUCAUUCCAUUAUUUGUGAUAUUAAUUACUCUUUUUCAGCGGUGCCUCUCAGAGAAACCCAACUGCUGGACCUCUUCACACCACAGGAAGGAGGCCCUGUCUGGGGUCUGCGCAGCUUGCUUAGAGUAGUGGACACGACAAUGAUGAACAGAUAUCGCUGGUUGUCUGACAAUAUCACACCGUCUUACAACGACUUGUAUCAGAAAGAAGGAUACUCUGUAUGAUUUUAAGCAAUUUGGUUAAAUGCAUUUGCUAUCUUUCCAUGUUACACUAAUAAUUUAUUGGAUUUCUUUUUAAAUUAAAUAAUUACAUCUUGAUUUAAUAGUUAACAGAAUAAAAAAAUGUCUUAUCCAAAUUUUGCCAUAGCAAAUGUAAAUUGGAAUUAUUAUUUUUUUAAAAGAUUGUCAUUAUAAAUUAAUGAAAACAAUGUUUAUCAAUAUUUUUGUUCAGAAUCAAGUUAUGGUGGCUCUUGUUGGAGCAGCCAUCUUCCAUGGGUCAUUCUAUAGACAAGUACAUAUAGCACAGUAUAGGCUUGAGUUCCUCAUCACGGGAAAAAGAUUAGAUGAGGUAUGCACAACAUUUCUGUAUUAGAUAAAGUAUUACAUUUAAAACUUAAUUAGAAUUUGUGACCUAUGAACAUUUGACUUUAAAAUAUGCUGUUCAAAUAAUCUGUGAAUGCUUUGUAUGUUUAUUCUCCCCCCAGUAUAAAAUCCAUUCAGGUUUUUUUUUUUUUUAAUGAAAAUUUAAUUAGAUCUAUUUAUCUGAAUGUAUAAUGUGUUGUUUUUUUUUCAGGCAAUUUCCAUAUUUGUAAACAGUGUCAUUCUUGAUGUGGACAGUCUUAUUGAAAGCAAACAUCACAUUUUGAUAGGUCUGUUAAUUUGAGUGUGCUUAAUUAUUAUACUUUUUUUUGUUAAACAUAUAGUUUUCUAAAAGGUCUUACUUACAAAAACUAUGUAGUUUAACAUACAGGCUAUUUUUUGGACAAACAUUGCAAAUCCCCUUAAAUCAAUAAUUUGUUAAUAAUUUUUUUGUUUAAAGUGUUCUAACAUUUUUAAAUAAGCUCCAUCAGCUCAGUGAAUAUUCAGAAAUACUGCUGUCUUUCAAAGCAUGGCCAUGGUGCUGAUAUUUGUUGACCUUGAUUAGUAUUUUUUGAAACUUUAUUUAAUGUUCAACUUCUAUAUGUACUAUGUCAACUUAAACAAAGGAAUAAGAUACAGGUAUUGAAAAAAGAUUUUUAAAAAGGGUUAAUAUCCUUUUCAAAAUAAGGGACCUACAGUGUUGAAGGUGUUAAUUAAUGAAAAUCAAAAUGAGUUUUAACAUAACAUAUAUUUAGCUCUUAUUAAAAUUAAGGAUAUUUUUAAAAAACAAUUUCAAUCGCUAAGAAAUUAUGUACUAAAGGUGCAAGAGACGUAAAUAUAGCCAAGCAACAUGUUUUUGUCAAACCUUGAACUUUUAACACAAAUAUGUUUUUCUUACUGCAGGCUUGAAUGUUCCAGUGCAGACUUCUGUUUCUGAAACUGAGAAAGAGUGGCUUCUGGAGUUUUGGGACCCAGAAACUAUUCAGUCUCAUAAAGGGGAGUUAAUGCAAAAGCUAUGUGAUGCUGUACUUGGUAAUAAAUACAUCAUUGCUGAGGUAUCUAUCUUUGGUGACACCUUUCUGAAAACAUUUCACUUCAUAUUCAUCAUUGUUUUUUUUUUUAAAUAGAGUUAACAAAUUUUUUUUAACCAAGUUGUUGUAGUAAUUAUGAAAUAUAAACAUGUCAAAUAUAUCUAACAUCAAUUAUUAGAAAAUUAAAAAUGUAAUUAAAAAAUUAAUGAUGCAUUUAAAUGGGGGCAGUCCUGCACUUAUAUUGCACUAUACACAGAAAAGUGUGAAUAAGUUUAAACCAGAAGUAAGCUCCCCAAACUUUUUUGUAAAGUUUAAUUUUGAAUUUGUAAACUGAAAUAUUUUCAUAUAAUAUUGAUAUAGCAAUUAAUUUGCUUAUUGAAAACCUAAAAUUUGUUUACAGUGUGUUUUCCAAAUGGACCCAUUGAAGCCUAAUUACUUACAGGGUCAGAAGCAAUACACCUUGACCUUUUUGGAGGUUGCUACAGAAAAAAGUGGAGAGGGGUAGGUCUUGCUCUAUCAAGACAUGUGGACUGUUUCAAUAAAUAACUAUAAAGUUUGAAAGAAAAUAGAAAGGAUAUAGGUGCUAUGGAGAUUUAGAAGGAUAAUAAUACCAAAAAAAAUUGUUUAAUGCACCAAGGUAGUCUGUGUGUUAAGAGUAUUUUAUGAUGUAAUAUUCUCUUAUAAGGAUAUCAAACUUUGCUGAGUUUCCAAUGGCCUCUCUGCAUGAAGGCGUUUUCCUGAACCAGACACACGCUGAGUGCUACAUUGCCAUGUUUGGCUCCCAGAUGAACAUGUUGGACCAUGCCAAUAUAAGGAGGACAUCAGGUGAAUAAAAUAGAUAUUGCUUUGUUCAUUUUCUCCCAAAGAGGAUAGGCCACUGGAGACAUUUGGAAACUAAUUACAGAUUUGUAAUUUAAUCGGAUGUUUUUUUGGGUUAAGAUUCACCUAUUUUAAAGUCUCAGUUAUUUUCAUUGGGGCAGAGUCUUUAAAUCUCUCCAUUCUUAAAAAUUAAUAUGAAAAAAAUGUUUGUUAUUUAAACAACAUGACACCAUAUGCAGAGAUAAGAUUGAUACUGAGGCUUUCAUUUGAUAAAUUUUUCCUUUAAAAUAACUUUAUUCCAUGACCAUUAGUUGUUAGUUUAUUCUCAACAAAUAUGCUAAUAAGAUUACCAUAUGAUGUAAGUUAUUGUCAUUAUUAAAUAUGGAGAAAAAUUGUUGGGGGUGACAAAUUUUUCUGUGCUAAGGAAUUAUUUGUGAUUUUUUAAAAACUUUAUUUUUAAAACAGCCCGACCUACACAAGGUCCACCUGGUGUGACCGCAAGAAAGUUCUCUGCUGUUGUGGAAGAUGAUUACCACUAUAUUCAUCGUCAUGUCCACCAAAGGCUACAGCACCAAAAACCUCGCAGAGCUCUUAUCGAUGGCUUUCGAAUGGCUGAUGACCCAGGGUCAGGAGCAUUUGCUUGGCAAAUUACAUCACCAAUUAAGUAUGUUGAUAUAUUUGAUAUAUGUGUAUAUUUUGAGGGCUUAUUUUUGUUUAUUUUUCAAUAUAAAUACACAAUGUAAGAUAGAAAUAAUGAAAUUUGUUUUCAUCUACUUCCAAGUCCCAAAUAAUAAUGUUUUAUAUCUUGGUGUAGUUUUUUUAAAUGAAUAAGGCCAUUGCUAAUACUUUCAUUGCUCGAUUUCGGGUCUCUUAAAUUAAAUUAUCUAGUCUUAAAAUAUAUUUUUUAAAGCUUGAAUGAUAAUGUAAGGAUUACAAAUAUAUUUGAAACCAACUCUAAGCCAAAAAUAUCUUUAAAAAACAAUCAUCUAAGCAUGUUGAUAUUAUUGGUAAAUAGAACCCAAAAUAUUCACAUUGGCCUAAGUCUGCUUAGGUAUAAAAAGAAGAAAAAGUCUGAAAAAAUAUUACGAUUUGUUAUGUGUACUAGUUAUUGUUAUUUAAUUAAUUAAUUAAAGUAAGUAUUAUAUUUUUUAAGUUUUGACUUUAAUCAACAGAUCUAACCUACAGAAGAGAAUUGUCUGUUUUGAUGCUUGGGUUCAACUGUUUGAUAUAGUCUACCACCUGAUUCUGCUCAUCCUGAUGGAAAGGCAAGUUUCUGUUUAAAAGAGCAAAAUUUGAAUUCAUCUCAUAAAAGAAUAUAAAUAUUACUAAAAAUUAAAAAAUCUGUAUUUAUUUACUAAGAUAUAAAAUAUUAUUUUGAAGAAGAAAAAAAACACCCAGUUCUUGUUUUUUUUUUUUUUUUAGAUUUUAUUAAUUUCAGAGAAGUUUAUAAAAUAAUUUAAUCCACUCAAUUACAGAAAAAAAACAGACACUCCAUAAAUAUUAUUUUGAAGAAGAAAAAAAACACCCAGUUCUUGUUUUUUUUUUUUUUUUUUAGAUUUUAUUAAUUUCAGAGAAGUUUAUAAAAUAAUUUAAUCCACUCAAUUACAGAAAGAAAACAGACACUCCACUGUUGAUUGAACUGUACAAAUUAUGUCAUGGGACUGCUGGGAAGCUGCAUAUGUUGGGAGAGAAAAAUAAGGCAGUGAGAGCUCUGAUACGUGGCUUUAUGAAUGUAAGUUUUGUUAUUUUUUAAACUCAGAAAUGGAACUAACUUAAAUGUUUUGUCAGUACCCUUCACUAAUAUAUCUAUUAAAAAAAAAUUAGAAAUGUACAAAUACAACAAAAUUAAUUUAGUAACAUUGCCCACAACUUGAAUGAUAAAUUAUUCUGUUUAAUCAUAAAUCAAUAUUUUUUUACAUAGUAUUUACAUUUCUUAAUUUAAUAUACCAGUAUGUGUAAAAAAUACUAUAAACUAAGAAAGUAAUGAUUUGUUGAAUUCAUAAACCCAUAACAAUAAGAUAAGAUUCUUUUAUUGAUAAGAUAAGAUAAGAUAAGAUUCUUUUAUUGAUCCAAAUAAAUGGAAAUGUUUUUUGAUUGCAUUGUACAUUUUCAGCACAAAAAUAAAACAAUUUGAACACAUGACAUUUAUAAUAAAUUAUUUCAAACAGCCAUUCAGUGAGUUCUCUUAGUAAAAUUGGGGACUUAUUAGUUCUCAUUCAGAUGUGUGACUUCAGAGGAAGCACGCUGGUAAAUUCGUAGAGAUUGGGGAACAAAAGAAUUUUUAUAUCGGUCAGUCCUCGCCCUGAUCGAAAGAAUUCGUCCCGAAUGGCCCGAUACUAAGUAUCUAGGAUGAAGAGUGUGGGAUGUAUCAUCCAAAAUGUGUUUAGAUACAAAUAAAUGGAAAGUUAUUUUAUUACAAUGUACAUAUUUAUUUUCAGCGCAUAGAUAAAUAUUCUUAUAAAGAUAAACAUAUUUUAAACUUGAACAAUUUAACAAUUGACCCCCUUCCCGUCAUCCUAUCAAACUGAAACAAGGCGUCUAAAUUAUUUGUCAAGUCCAAAAAUCAACCUUCGUAUGUCUUGGAACUUCACUCAAUUGGUGACAAUAUUGACUUAGAGAAUCAUUAUUUAGAUUUUGUACAGCAGGGUGAGAUUGCAAGUAAAAUCUGAUAAAGAGGAUAUGAAUUUUUUAAAACUCAAAACCCUUCACUACUGCAUCACUAAAUAAAUAUGAAUAUAAUAUUUUAUUCACUGUGCUACAGAGACCUGAUGGGCACAGAGUCAGGCAGUUUUUACAAGAAUAUAAAAAUGAAAUUGAUGAACUGCUUGCCCUCAGUCUGUAAGUUAUUAAAUUUAAGUUGUGUGUAAUCUAAUCAAAUGCAACCCUGGAAUAGCCAAGUAGGCUACACGAUAUUUAUAUCAUAAACAUGUUCCCUGAAUAAAAAUUUAGUACUGGUAUAAAAACAAUAACCAACAUUUCAGAAAUGUGCGUGGCCAAUAUUUCAGAUAUAAACAUGGCCAAUGGUUCAGAAGUACAUGUAUACAUUUCCAGUGCUAAUCAUGAGUAAGAGAAAGAGGUAUUUUCAUGCUAAUGCUACCCCAGACCUAUUUGAAUGGAUUUCAAUUUCAACUUGUUUUGAGAGGACAAGAUGAAAAAGGGGGUACUAACCCUUAAAGAAGAAGUUAUUUUAGUCCCAUACUUUUUUUUUAAAAUUCGGAAAUUCUAGAAGUAUGAACUAAACAAUUCAUCUUUUAAUUCUAUCAAGACAAUAAUAAUUUUUAUGAUGACCUACUUAUUAAUAGUCAAGAAUUUAUGUGCUUAUGAAAUUGAAAAUAAAAAUAUCAAAGAUGGCUACCGUACAAUUUAUUCAUUAAUAUUACUGUUAAAAAAACACUCCCUGAAACAGUCAUGAAAGGAGUUCUGAUUUGAGGGCUGUUGGGAGGGCCAUGUCAGCUGAGGUCAGUGGACUGUUGGAUGUCAAUGAUGAAGAGCUUGGGUCAUCCUCACACCUGAGUCUUAUUGUGCUGACACUGCGUGACCAGCAAAGUUUCAUGUUAACUACUCUCAUGAGGCUGUCAGAAGAUGCACUCUUCUGGUGCCCACUUGUCAAAGUAAAUACUGAAUCAUUUUCUUAUUUCUUGCUUUGUUUAGUUUUUAAAAAUUAAUAAUUAAAAUUGUGUUGUUACCUUAAAAAAAUGUCUAUUAUUUACUUAUUAAGUACUUGAACGCAAUUAAAAUUAAAUGCAAUAAAUUAUCUUCUAAAACUUAUAGUAAUAGUUACUCUAAGAGAUUUUUAGAUAUGUAUGCUUUUUUUUAUGCGCCUUGAACUAUUUAUAUGAAAAUUGCAAAAAUAUACAUUUCACUGUAAUGAUAUUUUCUGUCUUCCAGGGUCAGAUAGAAGAGCUCCAUAAAAGUUUUUUUGAAGUUGUCCCCAGACCAGCAUCAAACACAAGAGAUCCAGAGGCUGCAAGUCAAAGGGUAACAUUUAUGUCUUUUAAAUAUUUUAUGUUGCCAUGAACAAGAUCAAUUAAAAUGGCUUUUUGGGUUGUAAGUCAUUGCACCUAUCAAAUAAAAUAAACAAAAAAUCAAAGUUGUACAAAAUUAUUUAUGAAUCAUUAAUGCCUAUAAUUGUUGGAUAAUAACACAUCUACACACACACAAAUAAUAAAUUGUAUAGAUUUAAUUAAGAUGUUACUCUUUUAUAUGAUAAUAUAAUUCAUUAUUUUCAAACAUGCUUUUUUAACAACAAUAAAAGAAAUUCAAAUGAUUUAAGAAAGCAGAACUUCAUUUGUGAUACAUGUGGUGGGCCACAGCAUAAAACAUGCAUGUGGGCCACAGGCUGUAUAUUUGGCCAUCCCUGAUCUAAAUCUAAACAAUACAUCUUGUACUAGUCAAAUGUUUUUUGAGAGCCUACCCCAAAGCUAAAAACUCUAUGUUAAAAAAUCAAACAUAAGAGAUUAUUUGGCUUAACUGGCUAUCUUUUUGUUUAAUAGAGUGACUUAUUGCCAUGCAUGCACUUAGCAAACUUAUCAGUUGAUGUAAAAGAAUUAUUUAUGAUAAUUAUUUACAGGAUGUAAUACCAAAACAAGCUGUUAUGAAACAUGGGUUUGAAGAUGAGCACAUCAUGAAACAUGAAGAAACCAGUAAGAUCUACUCAAGUCAGAAUUUUAACUAAUUCUUCUGAAUAUUUAUGAUUUAAAAUAAUUACUCAGGUUAUGCAAUCAAGAUGUCAGUGAACAGAUUUAACUUGCCAACGUGUGGAGACGAUAAAAAAAAUGAGAUCUAAUAAAUGUUUUUAAAAGAUUUUCUGUUAGCCUAUGUAACGAGAACGAGGCUACGCCUUGCAGGCACGUAUAGACUCGGGCUCCUGAUUGAAUGCAAUUUUAUGUGUGUUUGACUGAUUUUUGUAUUGUUUUUUCUGUACUGGAUAUCCACCAUGGACCACUACUUUGAUUCGGAUAUGUUUUGUGUCCCUCCUAACUUUGGACUUUUGUUGUUUUGGAUUUUCUUUGUUGCAAAGGUUAGUGAGAUUCACCGCCUACACGGUCGGCCAUCUUUGUCGGCACCACGCUCAUCGCUCGGUCAAGUCGACGUUACGGUCAGUGACACACGCAGCCCCCACGGCGGUAACCGACCUGUGCUUGCAUACACACGUGAUCGUCUUUUGUCAAUGAAUGCCAAGCGUACGCAUCUGACCGCUGACCUCGUGUGUCGACUGAAAGAGCUUUUGAUUGGUCGAGGCCUGCCUCGGAAGCGCACCCACCGUGGUGGUAGACGAAAACAACAACAACUUGUCACUCAUUCUUUACCAAGACCUACUCUACACUACUCGGACCCUGCCAACCUCAUUCACAUCAAAACCUCUCCACGUUCUAUCAACAAACAACUUCUCAUUGCCACAUUCAACGCCCAGUCGCUUGGCCCCUAUGAGAAACGAAUUGCAGUCUCCGAAUUUGUCUCUGAUAGGCAGAUUGACAUUCUGUUUAUCCAGGAGACCUGGUUUCGGCUGACUGGCGAUGAGGGGAAGUGCACCGAUCUCGCUCCCUAUGGCUAUUCUGCCAGAUCAUUUCCCCGUUCAACUCGCGGCGGAGGCCUUGCUAUUAUAUAUAGAGACACGUUGUCCCAUCAUACAGCUUUUGUCACAGACCUCCCAUUCGUCCACACGUCUUUUGAGGUAGUUCAAUUUACACUGUCAGUGCCCCAGCAGACAGUUCAUUUCAUGUGCAUAUAUCGCACCUUCCCUAGUAAGAAAAAUAAAUUGACCGACUCAGUGUUUCAUCGAGAAUUCCCGGAUUUGAUUGACCACUGCAACACAUUGACCGGGACUUACAUUGUACUAGGCGACAUGAACUUCCAUUUUGAUCAACCACAGCACCCCUCCACUGCUAGGAUGUUGGAUCUCUUGGAUUUAUUCAGUCUUCACCAAUCGGUCGACCAACCGACUCAUAAUCGUGGACAUAUUCUUGACUGGGUACUACAUAGGCCUCAAGAUGGUGUAGUUAGAUCUACUUCAAUCACACAAGAGCUGUCCUCUGACCACUUCUGUGUUAUUUGUGAACUUAGUGUUAGUGCCCCCAACCCUCCCCCUCAGUUUAGGGAGGUGCGCAGUCUGCGAGCUAUAAACAGGGAUGCAUUUAAGCAUGACCUAAGCGUAGAAGUGUCCCCUGCCCUCUGCCCUACAUUGGAAUCACUAGACCGUGCAUUGCGCGCUGUGCUUGACCGGCACGCCCCUGUCACCCGCCGCAAUUUUAGUCUAAAGCGGUCAUCUCCCUGGUAUGCGACCAUCAAGGAGGAACUACGCAGUGCCAAGAAAGAGCGCCGUAGUGCAGAAAAGAAGUGGUUAAGGUCAGGUCUUGUGGUUUUUAAGCAGAUAUUUUACGCUGCCAAGAAGCGUGUCAAUCAGAUUGUUUGUCGUGCAAAGACUACGUAUUUUAGCCAAAAGAUAACUAUGGGUAAAACCAGCAGGCAGUUGUUUGAUGUUUGUGGUCACCUUAGGGGGAGUAACAAAGGAACUGCGCUUCCUUCGGUGUUUCCCCUGCCCAAGCAACCAGAUAUUUUCUGUAAUUUCUUUACAAGCAAAGUAGCUGACAUUCGAGCUGAGCUUGAUCGUCUUGAUGCCCCUCCCCUUGAAUUGCCUCCUUUCCCUUGUCUUACUUCCCAUUUUAAUAUUUUUAAACCUGUUUCAGAACUUGAGGUAAAAAAUAUAAUCCUAAAAUCUAAACAUACGUCAUGUUAUUUGGAUCCCAUCCCAACCCCCCUGUUGGUUGAGUCAUUAGAUAUCUUGCUCCCAACAAUAACCCGCAUAAUAAAUGAAAGCUUAUAUUCUGGCACUGUUCCGCCUCUUUGCAAAUCAGCUGUCAUCAAACCAUUGCUUAAGAAGCCCGGUCUGGAUGAAAAUAAUUUAAAAAACUAUAGACCUGUAUCUAACUUAUCAUUUUUAUCUAAAGUUAUUGAAAAACUAGUCCUAAAACAACUUUUUGCUUACUUAAAUGAUCACUCUCUUCUCAGUUCUAAUCAGUCGGCCUAUAGACAUUUCCAUAGCACGGAGACAGCUCUCUUGAGAGUCAGUAAUGACCUCUUGCGCGCAAUGGACAGCGGUAAUGUCUCCAUUUUGAUCCUCUUAGACCUCAGUGCGGCCUUUGACACUGUUGACCAUGAAAUCCUUUUCAAAACCCUUGAAAACUACUUUGGAAUUUCUGGUUCGGUUUUGGCUUGGUUUAGGUCCUACCUCUCUGAUAGAACGCAAAUGGUCUCUGUCGAUGGCUGUCUCUCCGGCAGUGCUGAUUUGGUGUACGGAGUGCCACAGGGGUCCGUUUUGGGUCCGGUUCUAUUCAUAAUGUAUACCAGGCCACUACUCCUCUUGCUCGGGAGGCAUGCUGUUGAGAACCAGUCAUUUGCAGAUGAUACGCAGCUAUACAUGCAUACCCAUCCAUCUCUUGUCGAUUCCGCUGUCCAGACUUGGCGGGGAUGCAUUGAUGAUGUCAAGUCUUGGAUGACACUCAGCAAGUUGAAGCUUAAUGAUGACAAAACAGAAGCACUCCUCAUUUACAAUCACAAAUCAUCCUCUACCUCAAUUCUUCCCACCUCAUUUCAAGUAGGUAACUCCGACAUACAGUUUACACCCUCUGCUAGGAAUCUUGGUUAUAUUCUUUCUAACAACAUGUCUCUCGAUAAACAUAUCUCUCACAUUUGUCGUUCAGCAUACACCGCCAUCCGUCAGAUCAGCUCCAUCCGCCACUACCUGACAGUUAGCGCAACAAAAACUCUAGUCUGUGCUCUUGUUCUCUCUCGUCUUGAUUAUUGCAACUCACUUCUGUCAGGUUCACCGAAACAUUUUAUAGAAAAACUGCAGAAAGUUCAAAACUCUGCUGCUAGGCUUGUUCUUAAGGCAAAAAAACGCGAUCACGUCACUCCACUACUCCACUCACUACAUUGGCUCCCUAUAUUCCUAUAAACCGAUAAACGUACAUGGGUUUCCUUGUAAAAAUGUCUGGUGUGGGUGGAUGAAUAUACCUAUGGUGUUGUUUUGCUUAUAUGUUGUUUUUAUUUCAUUUAUGUAUUUUAUUUUAAUAUUAUGAUUGCUAUAUUUAUGUACAGCGCGGUGAGCCCAGCCCUAGGCCGGGGUACCGCGCUAUAUAAGACCACUUAUUAUUAUUAUUAUUAUUAAUAAUAAAUUACAGUUUAUGAGUGAGUUGUCAGUCCUUGAACAUAAAGGCAAUCACUUUGUUUACUAUUGUAAUGAGAUCCCACCUUUUUAAACAGGCACAGAUAAUCAGAAGUGCCAUUUUACAAUAUUAAUAUCUCCUAUUGAAUUCCCAGAGCUUUUUGUUUCUAAAUGUAUGGAGAAAGAAACUGGUCCCAAGAUGAUAAGUAAAGAAUCUGUUCUAAUGAAGGUAUUUCAUGCAUACUCAUUAAAAUCAAUUUAUUUGUCUUUUUGUUUAUUGACGAUCAAACUUAUCCUGCCUGAUUAAAGAAUGUUUAAAAACAUAUUUAAAAUGUAAAUAAAUUUUAUAAAUAUGAUAAUAUAAAAAAAUGUAAUGUUAUAAAUGUUAUGCGCCUUACUUAUCUUCCUUUAUCUCAGUAUCUUAUAGAUACCCAUCUGGAUGAAAUGUGGGAGCAAUUUCUGGAAGAAACUUUCAGAGGGAAAAAACUCCCACCAAAUCCUUUCCCAACUUUUAUCACCAAGUGUCGGAGUAGUACUAUGAAGUAAGGAUUUAUUAGGAGUAGUACUAUGAAGUAAGGAUUUAUUAGGAGUAGUACUAUGAAGUAAGGAUUUAUUAAUGUUAAAUGUUAUAAUUGAUCCUUUAAAAAAAGUAACUCUACUCUCCUAAAUUGUAUUCUGUAAAUGAUCCAAGAUCUGUUGAUUGCAUUCUCAAAUUUUAAUGCAAUAAAUCAGGCCAGCACAACUCAAAAUGUAAGGCGGGCCAUAAUACUUCAUGAAAAACAUAUGCGGUCCAAAAGAAAAUAGGACGGGUGGGAGGGGGGGGGGGGGCUAUUAAGAAAAAAAAAAAUAAUAUUUCCUUACUUACGAAGUAAAUUUAUCAUAAUACUUCAUGAAAAACAUAUGCGGUCCAAAAGAAAAUAGGACGGGUGGGAGGGGGGGGGGGCUAUUAAGAAAAUAAUAAAUAAUAUUUCCUUACUUACGAAGUAAAUUUAAUAUGAAACAUUGCAUGGUUUUUCGGUAACAAGUUUGUCGUAUUCAGGAGAUGUAUUGGAAGUGGCUGUUCUCAAGAUGUCUUCCAAAUGAUCAUCAGUCAAACAUGAACGUGGCUUGCAUUUAUUAAUGUUCAUUAUUGAAAAUGUCUGUUCACAUAGAUAAGUGCUUCCAAACACACUAAAAGUUUUUAGUGCUACUUCGUAAAGAUUUUUGUAUUUCUCACGGUCCAGAUUUUUAUAAAACUCCUGCAGGCUGCUCUCUAUGUGCUGCUUUGGUAAAUUGCCAAACAUUGUAGUUCGAUAAGCUCAAGCUGCAAUUGAACUGGUAUGUCCUCAGGAUUCACAGAAAAUGGAUCUUCAAUAAUUAGUUUAAACUGAAUUUCUUCUUCUUUAGAAAGAGUGAGUCUUUUAUCAAAUUCUUCUAUCAAAAGAUUAAUUUCAUUAACAAAAUGUCUUUACCAACUCAAUGUGCUUGUCCUGAGGAAUAUGCUGUGCACAAGUGGAGACGUGACUCAUUUCACCAUUUAGUAACUGGGUUUUGAAAAGUUUCAUAUUCAGUUUCAAAUCUUUUACUGCAGCAAACAUUUGAAAUACAAGUUGUUGCUUACCUUGAAUUUGAACGUUAAGGCCAUUUAGAUGUGUUGUAAUAUCACAAAAGGAGCAGAGGUCAUGAUUCCAGGUCUCAUAUCUUCAAACUCAGGGAAUUCCUUUGCUUCAUCUUCUAGGAAUUUACAUAUUUCCUUCUUCAAAGCAACGAAUUGCUGAAGCACUUUUUUCUCGGCUUAACCAUCUCACUUCUGCAUGGUAUAUUACGCCUCUGUAGUCGGCUUCUAUAUCUUCAAGAAAAGCUUGAAAAGCCCUAUGUUUGAGUCUUCUUGAUCUUAUGUGGUUGACUAUUUUGACAACAACCGACAUAACAUGUUCUAAAUGUAACACUUCGCUAAACAAGGCCUGCACAUGCAUAAUGCAAUGAUAUUUUGUUAUUUGCCUUCUGAUAAAAUUUUCAAGAAGCCCAACUGCUCCUUUAUUAAUACCCGUUAUAUUCUGGGCACCAUCUGUACAAAUGGCCACUAAUUUUAUAAAAUCUAAUCCCAACUUAUUUUUCAAGCACUUUAUCACUUCACUCAAGAUAUCUUUUCCGGUUGUGCGACCUGACAUGAAGUACAUUCCAGCAAGUUCUUCGGUAAUUUCACAGUUUUUGUCAACACCUCUAAUAAAAAUGAGAAGUUGGGCGGUAUCUUUUAAAUCUGUGCUUUCGUCCAUGGCUAGAGAAUAAAAAGAAAAUUCACAAGUUUUCCGCAUUAAUUGUUCAUGAAGAUUGAUGGAAAUAUCAGUUAUUCUACUUUUCACUGUCAUUCGAGAUAAACUGAUGUUUUGAAAUAACACUGUUUUUUCCGGACGUAAUUCAGAUGUGGAAAUCAGCAUGCACUUCUUUACAAAGUCGCCUUCAGUAAAGGAUUUCCCAGCAGUAGCAAUUUCCUUUGAAAUACAAAAGCUUAUCUUGGUAGCAGUGUCAUUUUCACUGCUCUUUUUCUUGAAAAAUGUCUGCUCUUCAGCAAGAGUUUUCGAUAGAUUCGCUGCAUUAAUGGAUUUUUAAUUUUGGUCCAAUUUUGACAAAGUAGGAUGUUUAGAUUCAAAAUGCCAUCAAAGAUUAUACUCUUUCGGCGCAGCAUCUGUUUCACGACAUAGGAGGCACAGUAGUUUGUCCUUGAACACUGUAAAUAAGUAUUUAUUUUUCCAUUCAGGAUUAAAAAUUCUGUGCUCUAUCUCUAAUUUUCUCUUUCUGCUUUAAUUCAUGGCACUUAAAUAUUUCAACGACAGGUCUAUAAGUAUAUUACUUACUGAAUUAAAUGCACAGAAUAUCAAAAUAAUGCGAUACAUGAGUUCAACACAACACAAUUCUACACAAUAUUACAAAAAUAGUAAAAAGCUACUCUGCACAGAAGACAUUAGUUUUGAAAACACUUAAGCCUGUAGGCUAUGUUGACUCAGAAUACAUAAGCGCGGUAAACCGUAGUCAAUUUCACUCGAGAAAGAGGAAUCGCUCGGGAAAAGCGUGCAUGUGUGAUUUAAUAUCGUCGCGAGGAAAGAAAACGUGUAGUGAAAUAUUUACACAACGGUAAAAAAUUAGUAGAUCUAAUUUAAUUUGAUUAAAUAAAACAAAAUAUUCCUUUCAAGUAAAUGUGGGGAAAUUUUAAAAAAAAUAUUCUUUUAUUGAUUAUUUAAAAUUGAAAUAAAUCUAUAUAGUAUUAUACUCUAUAUAUACCUAUUGUAAUAUUAUGUGUCAAUAUGCCAGGGAAUAUUAAUUUAUAAUAUUAUGAUUUUUCGCCAAGGUCUUCGCUGGCCACAAAGUGGGUGCUUGCGGGCCGCAUGCAUCCCGUGGGCUGUAUGUAGCCCGCGGGCCGUACGUUGUGUAGGCUGCAAUAAAUUAUGAACUAUGAUCAACUUAUUUAAAUUAAUAAGAUAUUCACACAUAAAGUGAGACAUUUGAAUAAUUUGUAUAUACACUUGUUCAACAAUGAAAUCUUCUCCCCAUGUAGAUUUGACUUUUGGGGAUAAUAUUUUCAAGCUAAUCACCCUCAAUAGUUUAUUUUCUUGCUAGCUUUCUAAGCCUUAAGUAUUCUACUGAUCGCGGAUUUAUUUUUUCCUACAAGAAUGGACCUUUGUUUUGAGCCAGAAUCUGCCAUACUUGACCGCAUGCUGACCAAAACUUCCCUUGAUGCAGACCCAGAUAAUUUUAUUUACCAGUUGCCCAGUUGUGAUGGAUAUGGUGUGUACUUGUGUGCAAUAAAUCCCUUUUAUUUAGAACUGUUACUUUUGCUUAGUGGAUUUAGCAGGUAUAUGACCAGUAAGGGAGAGUCUUGAUAAGCUCAGUUCAGAUUUUAGAACUUAGCUUUAUCUAUAAGGACAAGAAGAUGGUAAAUAGUUGAAAUGGGUGGUAUAACUGAUUUUGUAAAAUAAAUCUUGUAUUUUUCAGAUGUAACAUAAAAUUUGUAUUUUUCACAGUAACCAUUUUUUAAAAAUUUCUUGAAGGGCCAGCAACUGCUAUAGCUUUACUGGAUGCAGGGGGUUAUCUUCCUAUUUUGCAAUGUGUACAAGAAAACCUAAUGAAUAAGGCAUAUUUACAACGCAAAGGACCUUACAGGGUAAUUUAUGGAAGUACACUGAUGAUUUGAAUGGAUAGUUGACAGAAUUUUAAAAUAUACUUUGCAAAACAAAAAGUAUUUAUUAAAUGUCUUUUUUCAAAAGUUAUUUAUCACCAACAUUAUCUUAAUUUUGCAUAACACAUUAUUCCAAAUCAAAACCGAAAAGAGUAUAAUAUAUAAGCCGAUAAAAUAAACAAUUAUUUUUAUCAAAAAAAGUAUUGAUAAAAUUAAUUACAUUACAUCAUGAUGGAAAUUAAAGUGUAGGGUAUGAAAAUUUUUUUAUUUUUAGCAUUUUUUAAAAAUCGGGAUAUAUUUAGAUCUACCGGUACCUACUUUCACUUUUUAAAUAAGAUUGGUAUCUGUGUCGGCAUAACUGGUCCAUCCGCCCUUUAUGGUAAGAUGCGUCCAUACCUGACUCAGUUGGACCUCCAUGAACAUUACUACAUACAAGGACCUACAGGAUGUGAAGCAGAUGCUGCACAACUUUUUGCUGUCAUGAGUAAGUGUCAGUAAAAUAUGCAAUAAAACUCAGGUUUUGUGUUAUAUGUGGUACUUAAUGAUUUGUAAAUGUAAUGUAAAUAAUUUGUCAAAAUUUUUAAUGCACUUGAUAAAUUACUAAAAAAAAAUAGUUUAUAAAAUUUCAGCUGUGACUUUAUUAGAAAGGGAAUCAUUCGUUGUUAAAUGUAGAAAAAUAUGUUUAUUAUUGUCAGCUCAAAACAAGAGCAUUAAGAUAAGAUAAGAUAAAAUAUAUAAGAUUCUCUAUUGAUCCAAAGGAGUGUAAAUGUUUCUUGAUUACAUUUUACAUAUUCAUUUUCAGUACAAAGACAAAUACAUAUUUAAACCAAGACAACAUUUUACAAAUAAAACACUUUAAACACAAGACAUAUAGGGUAUUUAUUAACUUUACUAAAAAAAUUUUUUAAAAGACUCAUUCAUUUAGUAUUUGGUACAGUAAAUAUUUUAUGUUUGGCUCCGGCUGUAACGGCAAGGAAAACAGGAUUUAUCCAGUCAAAUUAUGUAAGGUUAACACUUUUAUAUCAUGUGAUCUUAUAAAAAUUAAUUUAAUCUCAUCAAGUUCAAAAACACAUUUGGGAAAUGGUGGCAGAAAACAAGGUUCCUAUACUUGGAGUUUUUAUCGGGAAAGACAAAACUCGCUGGUCUUGGGAAGAAGUUAUCAACAAAAAACUUGGAUUUUUCACUGAAGUGGAGAUGGUUGUGCUUAGGAAGGAACCUGUGUAUCUUAAGGUAAAGGGAACGCCCUACUUAAAGCUGUCAAAACUUUCUUCAGUGGGAAACCUUCCUGGUAGAUUUGGGGUAUUUGGUAAUCAGAAAUAUUCUAUACAAAUAAAUCGUACCAUAAAUUUUAGUUUAUUAAUUUUGUUAAAUAAUAAUAGUAAAGUAAAAAUGUAAAACAAAAUCAUAAUGCAUUCAAGCAGUUUAUUACCAUUCUUGACUCUCUUUGAUUUAAAAGCCCUUACAACCAAUACAUUUAUAUAAUUUUUAAUUAAAUAAUUUUUUUUUACAUUCAGGCGUAUGUGAUGAUUGAUGGCUGGAGAUAUGUUCCAGUUGUGAAACAUUUCCUUCUUCAUUUCAUGCAAGAAGGAGAAAUUGGGUAGGUUAUAAAAUGACUUAAUUUGUUACAAUUAUGAAGUCCAAUAUAAUAUAAGUUUUAUGCAUUUCAAAGUUGUUUAUUAUUGUUACUAUUUACUCAAUUUUUUUCCAGCACUGAAAUAUUCUACCAAGAAGACGAAACACAUUUUUACUCUACAAUAUUCUCAUCAUUAGAGAGAGUAAGUAUCUACUUGUAAAACAAAUCUUCUAGUUAUUAUAAUAGUCCAUUUAUGCAGCUUAAUUAAAGGAAAAGUAUUCGUAAUUAUUUUGUUUGCAAGAAAAAAAAAUUAGUUUACAAUUUGACAUGUUUGUUAUUUUUCAUUGUUUAUAUUGUUUUUUUUUUAAAUUUACUAUGGCAUAGGCAGCAUUCCAUUAUCAAAAUGGGGGCCCUUCAAGAGGAGGGAAUCCUCUGAGUUCAUCCAAUGUUAGAGCUGUUUUGUCAUACAUGGACCAAAAACUUUUAAAACUGAGGGAGAAAUCAGACUACAUGGAGAUUCAUAGGCUCCUGCUGUAUAGGUCCCUUAUUUCAGAUGUAAGUUUUGCUGACCAGAAAUCUUUUGAUGAUCAUCAUUUAUUUAUUUAAUUCACUUUAUAACAAGGUGACCUAAUUAGAGCAAGUAAACAUGUGCAGUAAAUUAAAAUAAUAUGAGAGGCAGUAAAGGUAAAAUUUCUACUUUAUUUAUAAUAAUUCAUAAGAUACAUGAAAAUAUUAUGCUUACUUAAAAGUUGAAUUAAAAAGAAUUACUCCUUCAUUUUCUUUAAAAACCUAAAUAUUACCCAAAACUUAAAAUAUAAAUAUAAUUUUGUUUUUAAUUUCUUUAUAAACCAGGAUACAGAACACAUUGUUGAAGCCUGGCGCAUGUUCCACAGCAUCGCUGGCCAGGCAGAAUAUGCUGCCACAUUGGCACAGUCUUUGGCAGAGUUGGUGGAAUUUGAGAUGGAGUAUUCUAAAUUUUUCUCCAUGGAGUCUUCACAAAUAGAUGGCUCAGGUCUAGACACAAAAGUUGCCAUGGUCAGAAUAAAGAAAAAAGUCUCCUUUCUUUUAGAUAUAUUUCUGUUUUCUAGAAGCACAAACUCUAAUGAUGAGGACAUUGACAUAAAUAUAGCAAAUAAAGACCUUGAGAGAGGUGGAGAAAGAAAUUUCAAAAGGGCGUCAAAGGCGUCAUUUCAGAUUUUUUUCUGGGGGAGGGGGCAAAACCAAAACUUGGUCAUCUUGUUAAGUUGUUAAUUACUGGAGGUGCCACAGUACGUAGCAAUUUAAAUAAAACCUGCUUGGGGGGGCGCAAAUGCCCCUCUCUGCCUUACCCAAAAUGACAUCCCCGUGAGAAGGUACCUUUACUCCUGGUUAAGAACCACUGUUCUAGUGAAAUGUUUCUGAAACAGAUGCAGUAAUUUGAUAUUAUCCAUGGGAGGUGAAUUUCUGUCAAGGACAGUAGUGGACACUGGGAAUUUUUAUAAAAAGGGAGGGGGGGGUGUGUGUGCAAAGAUUUGUGACAAUUGGGGGGGCAAAAAUUGGCAAAAUUUCCCUGACGUCAUUUAUGGAUGGCCCCUAAACUAGAUGGUAGACAUCCUAUAUUAAAAUUCAAAUUUUCUCGCAUUUGCUACACAUUGCAGAAGCAGUUUAUAGGAAUAAUUAUGUUUUUUUGGUCUAAUUUUUCAAAAUAAAAAUAACUUGAAAUUUAAAACCAGUAAAUGACCAAAUUUAAUGGCUUGAUGUACCUUACAUUAUAUAUUUACAAUUUUACUUUUAUAUUCCAGAGCCCAGUAAACAUGGGUGUAGUGAGUGCAAUGACGCAAGGCCUUAUAGAAAAAGCUCGAGUUGUUUCAGAGUGGAGGGUGUCCAUGGCCCCACUUAGCAUGGCAGAAUACAUACAUAACAAGAUAAAAAGUGUUGUGGAGACAGACAGGAGGACUAACAAUAUAUAUCCUUUGAUACAGGAGAAUGUAAGUUGCUGUUAUAGGAACUUCAAAUUUGCUUAAUUUUAAAGAGUUAUAGUUAUACUGACCUGUUUACUCUUACGAUUUUGGCGUACAAUGUACGAUUUUGAGGUGUUAGCAUGUAUACUGUAUGUUUAUUUUUUUCUAUAAAUAUAAGGUAUUGUACGAUUUUAUGAGUUUGAGAGUAAACAGGUCUGGUUAUAUAAAACUCCUUUUUUUAUGUAAAAUACAACUCCCUUUUGUUAGUGGAAUCCAAUAGAAACAGCUUAAUUUUUUCAGUGUUAGAUUACUGUAUAAUUUCAGGAUUAUUAAAAUCUUUUUUAAUAUUUGUAACAGGAUAAAUAUAUGAAAUGAAAAAAACCUCUUUACAUCACUCGAUAAUAUUUAGAGAAAAAAAAAAAUAUUAAAAUAUUGGCUCUAAAUUAAGAACUGUAUAUUGAAGUCUAUUGUUACUGUACCAGAUCAUGAUUUAAAAAAAAAAUUAAAUUUCAAUCAUUAAAAGGUAUCAAGUUAUUAAGUAUUUUGUUAUUAACUGGUGACAGCUUUCAGAGAAAAGAUCAGAAAACAAUUAAAUAUUUAUUAAACAGGUACCGGUACGAACAUUUUGAGUUUCAAAAAUCAAAUAACUGUUAAUGAAUUUAUAUAAAUAACAUAUCUAAAUUUAAUCACCAAUUGCUUACAAGGACCCCCACCAUCCAUAAAAAAAUUAUAUUACUUGCAGGGGGGGCAUAAUGAAUUUGUGACAUUGAGUGAUAAAGUUAUUGAAUUUGUGUUACAUUCUUGUAAUGAUUUUAUGAUGGCCCCCCAAAUUAGAUAAAUAAAUGAUUACUGGUGCAUGAUUAACUUACUUCUCAUUGCAGACGGUAGUUAUCAUGGAAGAGAUCCAAAAUAUGUUGGCUAACAUCAAAAUAACAACCAGCUGCGAUGUACACAAUAUGAGUGAAAAUGCACUGAAUACUUUCCACUUGAUUGAAAAAGCUGAAGGUCAUCGGCCCACUAGUGUGGAUUCCCAGCUUCUCAAUGACCCACAGAUUUUCCAGCAGCGGCCACAGGCAGGUCGUAAGAUUUUAGACGACGAGUUGUUGUAUAAACCAAGAAGACAACAAAUGUACAAGCCAAAAAUUCAGUUUUAGUUUUUUUACGUGUAUUUCACUACUCCAUCCAUCUCUGUGGUGCUACAGCCCAUGUAGGGCUUUGACCUGCCUCACCACUUCCUUCCACCAGUCCUAACUAUUGCUUUCUUUUCUAUGCUUGUAUUUCCCUGGUGUUCAAGAUUAUAGUUUUUUUUUUGCAAAUGUUAAGGAAAAUCUUAAUAAAAGAACCUCAUUUUGGAUUUAAAAAACAAUAAUGGUUGUUAUUGUAUAAAAUAUAAAAGAAUAAGAAGAAUGCCUUAUAUUAUAACCAUAAGUGUAAAAAUUUUUAAUUGACAGUUUCACAUGAAAUGGGGUAUGUUUAGGUCAGCAUUUUGAAAAAAACAAUCAUGUACCGUAGUUAAAAUCAUGAUUGUGAUUUUUGCAAAUGAUGUAGAGGCUGCUCUUUUUUUUUUUAAAUUUAGUUAUGAAACUCUACUGGGUGACUUUUAGAUUUGGGAUGCUUUUGAGUCUUUCAAUCACCUCUUGGUCAUACAAAUCGUAAUGAUCAAAGUACUUUGCUGUAGCAUAUAUUUAUACCUGUAGUAAUUGGUACCCUAAAUUUCUAGUGAUGUUUCUCUACUAUUGAGUUUCUGAAAAUUCUCCAACUAGCUGUAUCACUGCUAUCACCCUCUCACCUAAUCAAAAAAUAUUUUUUCAGAAUUUUUAUUUAUUUAUUUAUUUUUUUAAAAUAGCAAACCUUUAGCAGCACUGUUAUCCUCUCACUGAUAUCUUGAAACCAAAUAUAUUAGCUUUUAUUUUUGUGAGCGCGAUUUACAGUGCUACUACGAAAAAUGGAAUGUUAUUUUUUAUUUUUUUAUAUACUAUGACACGUUUUGAGCAUUUAUUUUCACACACUAGUCUUAAAUUAAAAUCAGUUAAAAAUGGCUUUUCAAAUGAUCAACACAAAAAAAAUUCCCAUGAGAAUGCAUUGCUAUGAUUCACUGACUUUCAUUCUUAUACAAAAUUCAAAACAAAUAUCAUCUAAAGCAUCUAAUUGAAUCAUAAAAUAUCAUUAAAAUUAAAGGAAAAUUUAACAGAUUGUCAACAAUAAAAAUUCUUCGCAUAAUUAUUU